UUUGUUUUUGCACACAUCGAGUGUGUCACUUGGUGGUAUUUUCGCGAAAAUCCGUGGGAAAUUGGUGAAAAACUCAACCGGUGUGUACUCGAGGUGCUCCACUGUGACCCCUAGCACCCCACUUGUGUGCUACUUCCGGGUUAGUGUGUGAAUUUCUGUGCAAAAAGUGGAAUUGUUUGAGAGGGCGUCUCGCCGAGUGUCAUUUGUGUACAUAUAGAUAUAGAUUGAUUUUUUUUCACACGGGUCUUUUUCCGCAUUUUCCGGCUCUUUUGUGCCCCUCGGGGGCUACUUGUGACCCAAGUGGACUCCCUGAUCGGCUUGGUGUGUGGUGAGGGUGAAAUUUGUGGGUGAAAAUGAGUUCUAAUCACUCAAAAUCGAAAGAGAAAGAGCGAAAGAAUGACUUGGACCAGCUCAAUCGUCUCGGAGAUGCUCAAUCAAUUUUUGAUUGGUGGUCAAUGGCCCAGCUGGCGGCACAGGAGUACUUUACACGCCUCCAUACAACUCCCAAUCUUGCUGCCCAGAUGCCCUUUGGCCGAGCAGAUCUCGCUGCCAUGCUCAAUCCGGCAGCAAUGGGGCUCACUGGGGAUCUCAGUGAGCAGCAAAAGAAUGCCAUGGCGGAUGCCUACAGGCUGGGAGAUAUCUCAGCCAUCCUGGCCAAGAGCUAUGGGAUGAAUGUUCCGACGAGUGGCGAGAGGAAUGAUACAGUCAGCACAACAGCUCCAUCGACGUCGGCAUAUGAGGAAGCAGCCAGGAAAGCCAGUGAAUCUCAACCGAUCAUCACCAAUUCAUCACAACUCGGAUACCAUCCAGGAAAUUUUGAUCUCGCAUCUCUUGCCUCAAAAUCUCGUCUAUUCAAAGGCUACAUGCAAGAAAUGACCGGGUCUACACCUUCUGAUGAGAGUGACUCCUCGUCCUUAUUGGGCGUUCGACUGCCUCCGGACACGGAAAUAAUAAAGUAUACAUCGUCAAAGGGUGGACCAAAAGUGCCAGGUACAACAAAAAGAGGUCGUAAGAAGACCAUUUCACUUGAUCCAAAUCCCUUAUUAGGUGGUGUUCAAGAUGAUCAAGAAACCCCAACGGGGAUUGCUUAUGAUGCAGCCAAACGUCCACGCUUGGACUAUGAUUAUAACAAAUUUACCAAGCAAAAUGAUCAAGUGGAGGUGAUUAAGUUGCCACCAACAGUGACCCAAACAAUUCAGUCGAAAGCAACACUAAAAGAUGAACUUCCAAUUUAUCAAACUGAACCACUAAAUCUUGAGGAUAAGCAUCACAAUGUUGAACAAGAUUCAGAUGGUCCUCUGAAUUUGUGCAUGAAACCAGAGUCAAAGUCACAAUCAACAAAGUCUGACAGUGGGACAAGUCUUCAGAAUCUCUCCUCAUUCACUGCAGCUUUUGGAUCAAAUCAGCAGUUUGAGGGAUCUCUCCAAUCGAAGGAAAAUCGUCCCCGGAAUUUGGGCCGUGGAGUCUCAAAGCCCAAGAAGAACACUGUGGCAUCCCUGUUGGCUCAGAGUCGAGCUGUUGGGAUAAAGCCAUCUAUCACGAGUCAACAUCUUCUGGGUCAGACGUCCGGAGGUGAAUGUGUUCGACCUCCAUCGGCUCCUCAGUCGCGCAAUCUCCAAGAUGGUCAGAUGGAUGUGUCAACGGAUUCCGAGAGUGUUGUCACUGAUUACGGGGGCCAGAGCGAAUCGGAGACUGAGGAGACGAUAAAUCUGGAGGAAUUGCUGGUGCCAAUGAAUGGAGGCUGGAAGCGUGAGACAGUGAUCAGGGGUCUGACGAAAAGUGGUCAGAUAAUUGGGGAUGUGAUCUACAUACCGCCCAAGAGUCAACUAAAACUCAAGUCAAUGGAGGAAGUGGAAAUUGUGAUUGAGAAGCAGUAUCCAAUGCUGUCCAAGGACAAUUUCAGCUUUUCCACCAGAGCCAUUUUGGGCACAUUCCUCCAGGCACCGCUGACAUCGACGCCUGUGCGCGAAGAGGAUCUCAUCCGGAUGACGGAUGUGGAUGUGAUGAAGCGUCUGGAAGAACUGAAGAUGUAUACGCGUCACACACAAUUGGGCGUGGAACAGAGGAUUGAGAUUGCUCGACAACAGCAGGCACUUCGGGAUGUCAAGAAGAUUGUUAAGGAGGAGAAUGCCAAGAGGGAGAAGCUGAAGGAACAUGAGAAACCAGAUAGAAUGGAGACAGGGCGUCAGGAGCGCCAGGUACGUAAUCAACAGAGUACAGAGGUUGCGAGGCGAAAGCGCGAGGAAAGUGAUCGACAGAAGAAUGAGGAGAUGCAGCGGAAGAUGCAGGAGAAGGAGCUCAAGAGGCAGAAGGCGUCCGAGAGGGAGUUGGAAAAGGAACGGAGAAGGCAUCACAGUGGACUGGUGAAGUUGCUUGAGAUUCGACGCAAGUACGAGGAGAGGGAGAGGAAGAAACAUCAGCUUGUCUUGGACAAAUUCAUCGCACGAGAGAAGAAAUUGGCAGCUAAGAAGAGGGAUUCGGAGAUUCUGGGUGAGCUUAGGAAGCCCCAGGAGGACUCUGAAAUUGCUGGUGGGCAAAAUUUGCCAAAAUAUCAGCGAAUACCGAAUUUGUCAUUGUCGGGAGAGGCAUUUGCUGAUCUUUUGAUGGUUUAUGAGUUUUUGCACAAUUUUGGGGAAACUCUGGGAUUUGAUAUGGAGAGUUUGCCGACACUGCAAUCAUUGCAUUUUGCCCUGGUGUCGGAUAGUGGGGGUGAGGCUGAGGAGGAACUUCUGUCUGUGAUCACGCACUUAUUGGUGUGUGCCAUUGAGGAUCCGGGUAUUCCAAAUCCAGGACGUCAUACAACACUUUUGGGGCAAUCAUUGCGUCAGGCUGACAUUACGAAUGCCAAUGUUUCGGAGAUUUUGAGAAUUUAUCUGUAUGCAGCUGCCACGGGGGAGGUGAAACAGUUGACUGGGGUGAAUUUUGAGAGGGAUAGGGAGAAGAGAAUUGCUGAUCAUCAUCAGACAACAUCGGAUAUGGCCAUAACGAGUAGCACAGGGAAGAAUAUUCAGUAUUAUGAGCAUUUGCAUGAGAAUAGUACGUGGAAGUUGAGUGAGUGUUUGAGGGAUAAGCCUUUUGUGGCACUGAGUCCAGUUACAAAAGCCCAAAUUCUUGCCCAUCUCUGCAAUGAUUUGCUGAUGAAUAAGGCAGUUCUGAAGCAGAUUGAUGGGAGUCUGGAGAUGGCAUCGGCCAUGAGACGUGACAGAUAUUUGAUUGAUAUCAAACUCAGGAAGUAUAAAUCCUUGCAUGCGAGGAAAGUGAGGUUAAACAUGAUAACGGCAAUGUUGAAUAGGGAAGCUUCACCGGAACCACCGGCUAGUGGUCAGCAGACACCGAAACAGGGUGAAAGUGGUGAGAAGGGGACUACGGGAGAGGAUCAGGGGCAGUAUGAGACGGGGGAUACGGAAAAGACUGCAUUGGCGGCUAAUGAAGAGACCAAGGAGGAUUCUGUCAAUAGCAAUGACGUUAGUAAAUUCACAUCUGAGGAGGCGUCGGAAAAGAAGACGCCAUCUGAAUCGGAGAAACAGAAGCAUGAUUUCAAUGAUACAGAUACAGAUUGCAAUGCUUCUAUGAAUUUUUCCGGAAAGAUCAGGGAUCUCAAUGAGACUGAUGCAUGUUUGGAUGAUGAUAUCAGUGAUUUAGAGGAGGAAUUGCCACUGGAGGAGGAUGAAGAUGAGAAACUCAAUGUUGAUGAGGUGCAGAAGAAACUAGAGAAGGUGAUUAAAUCAUCUCAACUGACACGGGAGACACUGAAGAUCAAUUUGAGGAGACUCAGGGCUACUUGCUAUGGACAGGAUAGAUUCUGGAGAAGAUACUGGGAUCUGCCAAAAGCUGGUGGGAUUUUUAUUGAAGCAAUGGAAUCUUGCAAUCCAGAGAUAAUGAAGUAUCAUGAAUUCCUGGAGGGAAAUGCCCAGAGGACGUCAGAGGGCGGAGAUGAGGAAGAGGAUGAAGGAGAGAGUCAUGGAGAUGAUGAGGAUGAUGAAGAUGACGAAGAGAAGCCUGAAGUUAAAUCAGAAAAGGGGGAUUGCAUAAAGAGGGAACCACUAGUGAAUCCUGCCCAGAAUAAUGAUGAUGAAAUGAUGGAUAUUGAAGAUUCCAUUCCAACAAAUGCGAUAUUGCAGAAGAAUGUGGAGAAAAUGGAGGAGGAUGAGAUGAAAUCACCUCCAAUCCAACCACCAUCUACCGUCGUUCCUGAAGAAAUCAAAGAGGAAGAAGUCAAAGAGGAAGUUCCCGAGGAGAAGAAGAUCAAGAAAGAGGAACUCUAUGAGAAACCCUGUCGAGAGCUCGAUGGGGACUUUAUGUCGUGCGAUUGUGAUCCGAAAGUGCAUAAAAUUGAACAGUGUCCGGAGAGUAAUGGUUGCAUGAAGAAUGGAGAUGUUCCGUUGCUGGAAAAGUGGUUUUCCAUCCUCAAGAAACCCAUUCCACUAGAUUCGGAAAAUUCAAUUUCCCUCCAACCUCAUCUGGCCUACAUGAAUGUCUCAUGCGAGGGAAUUGUCCAGAAUCAGGGAAAUCCCUGGGAUAUCAGCAAUAACAUUCAUUUCUUCAAUAUUCACACAGAAUCCUCAAUUUUGGCUGAUCUCAAUUUUUCCAAUGAAUCCGUUCUGACCCUGUCGGGAAUCAGUGAUAGGGAAAUUGAGAGGACACUCAAUAGAUGCGAUGAUCUACCAGAUGAUCUUGACUGUGAGAUUCUCGAUAGGAAAAUUGGUUUGGGCAAAUGUGACGAUCUCAAUGGAUUUCAUUCGCAAAUAACCAAUUUUUCCCUGGCAAAUCUCAGUGCGUACAUCCAGUGUGAGAGUCCGACGCCACUGCAGAUGACCCUGGAGGAGCAGAAGCAACUGGAGGAAGUCAAAGAGAUGGGAUUUCCAAGGAAACUCGAGCAGAAUUUUGUGCCACGGGAGCUUCGUCAUGGUUGGUGGAGGAUCACCGAUGAGGCUCAAAUUGAUGAAAUCCUCCAAGUUCUCCAUGUUCGUGGUAUCCGGGAAACAGAACUUCGGCAGAAUCUCAUGCAGUGUCUCCGAGAAAGACCAAAUUUUGCCAUAGAUUGCCAAUUGACCACGGACAUUACCGUCGAUGGAGAUUUCAUAGAUCCCAAAACAGUGCCGUCAUUUGAUCCAAAAGUCUGCGAAAGAGUGGCCAGAGCACUCUUGGACCAGGUAGAAGGUUUGGAGGACAAAGUGGCUAGUGCUUCGAUGCAGAUUAAGGGGUGGAUGUUGCCAACAAAGACUGAUGAUAUGGAGGAUCUCGAGCAGACUAUUGAGCAUCUAAAGGAGAGGAUUUUGGGACUGGAAGCAGCCAUUGAGAGGAGGUAUCUGAAACCACCGCUUGGAAGUUGCACAGCGGAUGCUCAUCUGGCUGCCCUGGCCCAGACUGGUCAGGAUUCAACGCCGAGUCAGACGCAAAAUGCAGCAAAUCCAGGAUCGCCAAAUUGCAAUCAAGAGACGGAGAAUCUGUCCAAAGGAUUAGUUUCGUGGCGUGAAGCCGUUUGCCGCUCAAAGACGACAGCUCAAUUGGCAAUGACGUUGUAUGUCCUGGAGUCGUGCGUUGCAUGGGACAAGAGCAUAAUGAAGGCGCUUGUCUUGGACAAAUUCAUCGCACGAGAGAAGAAAUUGGCAGCUAAGAAGAGGGAUUCGGAGAUUCUGGGUGAGCUUAGGAAGCCCCAGGAGGACUCUGAAAUUGCUGGUGGGCAGAAUUUGCCAAAAUAUCAGCGAAUACCGAAUUUGUCACUGUCAGGGGAGGCAUUUGCUGAUCUUUUGAUGGUUUAUGAGUUUUUGCAUAAUUUUGGGGAAACUCUGGGAUUUGAUAUGGAGAGUUUGCCGACACUGCAAUCAUUGCAUUUUGCCCUGGUGUCGGAUAGUGGGGGUGAGGCUGAGGAGGAACUUCUGUCUGUGAUCACGCACUUAUUGGUGUGUGCCAUUGAGGAUCCGGGUAUUCCAAAUCCAGGACGUCAUACAACACUUUUGGGGCAAUCAUUGCGUCAGGCUGACAUUACGAAUGCCAAUGUUUCGGAGAUUUUGAGGAUUUAUCUGUAUGCAGCUGCCACGGGGGAGGUGAAACAGUUGACUGGGGUGAAUUUUGAGAGGGAUAGGGAGAAGAGAAUUGCUGAUCAUCAUCAGACAACAUCGGAUAUGGCCAUAACGAGUAGCACAGGGAAGAAUAUUCAGUAUUAUGAGCAUUUGCAUGAGAAUAGUACGUGGAAGUUGAGUGAGUGUUUGAGGGAUAAGCCUUUUGUGGCACUGAGUCCAGUUACAAAAGCCCAAAUUCUUGCCCAUCUCUGCAAUGAUUUGCUGAUGAAUAAGGCUGUUUUGAAGCAGAUUGAUGGGAGUCUGGAGAUGGCUUCGGCCAUGAGACGUGACAGAUAUUUGAUUGAUAUCAAACUCAGGAAGUAUAAAUCCUUGCAUGCGAGGAAAGUGAGGUUAAAUAUGAUUACGGCAAUGUUGAAUAGGGAAGCUUCACCGGAACCACCGGCUAGUGGUCAGCAGACACCGAAACAGGGUGAAAGUGGUGAGAAGGGGACUACGGGAGAGGAUCAGGGUCAGUAUGAAGCGGGGGAUACGGAGAAGACCCCAUUGGCGGCUAAUGAAGAGACCAAGGAGGAUUCUGUCAAUAGCAAUGACGUUAGUAAAUUCACAUCUGAGGAGGCGUCGGAGAAGAAGACGCCAUCUGAAUCGGAGAAACAGAAGCAUGAUUUCAAUGAUACAGAUACAGAUUGCAAUGCUUCUAUGAAUUUUUCCGGAAAGAUCAGGGAUCUCAAUGAGACUGAUGCAUGUUUGGAUGAUGAUAUCAGUGAUUUGGAGGAGGAAUUGCCACUGGAGGAGGAUGAAGAUGAGAAACUCAAUGUCGAUGAGGUGCAGAAGAAACUAGAGAAGGUGAUUAAAUCAUCUCAACUGACACGGGAGACACUGAAGAUUAAUUUGAGGAGACUCAGGGCUACUUGCUAUGGGCAGGAUAGAUUCUGGAGAAGAUACUGGGAUCUGCCAAAAGCUGGUGGGAUUUUUAUUGAAGCAAUGGAAUCUUGCAAUCCGGAGAUAAUGAAGUAUCAUGAAUUCCUGGAGGGAAAUGCCCAGAGGACGUCAGAGGGUGGAGAUGAGGAAGAGGAUGAAGGAGAGAGUCAUGGAGAUGAUGAGGAUGAUGAAGAUGACGAAGAGAAGCCUGAAGUUAAAUCCGAAAAGGGGGAUUGCAUAAAGAGGGAACCACUAGUGAAUCCUGCCCAGAAUAAUGAUGAUGAAAUGAUGGAUAUUGAAGAUUCCAUUCCAACAAAUGCGAUAUUGCAGAAGAAUGUGGAGAAAAUGGAGGAGGAUGAGAUGAAAUCACCUCCAAUCCAACCACCAUCUACAGUUGUUCCUGAAGAAAUCAAAGAGGAAGAAGUCAAAGAGGAAGUUCCCGACGAGAAGAAGAUCAAGAAAGAGGAAGUCUAUGAGAAACCCUGUCGGGAACUCGAUGGGGACUUUAUGUCGUGCGAUUGUGAUCCGAAAGUGCAUAAAAUUGAACAGUGUCCAGAGAGUAAUGGUUGCAUGAAGAAUGGAGAUGUUCCGUUGCUGGAAAAGUGGUUUUCCAUCCUCAAAAAACCCAUUCCACUGGAUUCGGAAAAUUCAAUUUCCCUCCAACCUCAUUUGGCCUACAUGAAUGUCUCAUGCGAGGGAAUUGUCCAGAAUCAGGGAAAUCCCUGGGAUAUCAGCAAUAACAUUCAUUUCUUCAAUAUCCACACAGAAUCCUCAAUUUUGGCUGAUCUCAAUUUUUCCAAUGAAUCCGUUCUGACCCUGUCGGGAAUCAGUGAUAGGGAAAUUGAGAGGACACUCAAUAGAUGCGAUGAUCUACCAGAUGAUCUUGACUGUGAGAUUCUCGAUAGGAAAAUUGGUUUGGGCAAAUGUGACGAUCUCAAUGGAUUUCAUUCGCAAAUAACCAAUUUUUCCCUGGCAAAUCUCAGUGCGUACAUUCAGUGUGAGAGUCCGACGCCACUGCAGAUGACCCUGGAGGAGCAGAAGCAACUGGAGGAAGUCAAAGAGAUGGGAUUUCCAAGGAAACUCGAGCAGAAUUUUGUGCCACGGGAGCUUCGUCAUGGUUGGUGGAGGAUCACCGAUGAGGCUCAAAUUGAUGAAAUCCUCCAAGUUCUCCAUGUUCGUGGUAUCCGGGAAACAGAACUCCGGCAGAAUCUCAUGCAGUGUCUCCGAGAAAGACCAAAUUUUGCCAUAGAUUGCCAAUUGACAACGGACAUUACCGUCGAUGGAGAUUUCAUAGAUCCCAAAACAGUGCCGUCAUUUGAUCCAAAAGUCUGCGAAAGAGUGGCCAGAGCACUCUUGGACCAGGUAGAAGGUUUGGAGGACAAAGUGGCUAGUGCUUCGAUGCAGAUUAAAGGGUGGAUGUUGCCAACAAAGACUGAUGAUAUGGAGGAUCUCGAGCAGACUAUUGAGCAUCUAAAGGAGAGGAUUUUGGGACUGGAAGCAGCCAUUGAGAGGAGGUAUUUGAAACCACCGCUUGGAAGUUGCACAGCGGAUGCUCAUCUAGCCGCCCUGGCCCAGACUGGGCAGGAUUCAACGCCGAGUCAGACGCAAAAUGCAGCAAAUCCAGGAUCGCCAAAUUGCAAUCAAGAGACGGAGAAUCUGUCCAAAGGAUUAGUUUCGUGGCGUGAAGCCGUUUGCCGCUCAAAGACGACAGCUCAAUUGGCAAUGACGUUGUAUGUCCUGGAGUCGUGCGUUGCAUGGGACAAGAGUAUAAUGAAGGCGAAUUGCCAAUUUUGCCAUUCGGGCGAAAAUGAGGACAAGCUUCUGCUGUGCGACGGCUGUGACAAGGGAUUUCACACGUACUGUUUUAAGCCGCGCAUGGAGAAGAUUCCGGAGGGUGAUUGGUACUGCUAUGAGUGCGUGAACAAAGCCACUGGUGAGAGGAAAUGCAUUGUGUGUGGGGGUUUGAGACCUCCGCCAGUGGGCAAAAUGAUCUACUGUGAACUAUGUCCACGGGCCUAUCACCACGACUGCUAUAUCCCGCCGCUGAUGAAGGUGCCUAGGAACAAAUGGUACUGCCAUGGAUGCAUUGCAAAGGCACCGCCGUCAAAGAAGCGUGUUCGAAAGAAUAAGUCUUUUAAUAGUAGUCAAGGGAAUUCUUCCAUGGAAGAAUCUUCAUCGAAACCUUCUUCUACGUCAUCUUCCACGAGUAGUAUCGCAAGGACAGCUUCAACAGAUGACGCUAGUCAACUGACACAGUCUUCGUCUUCGACGGGACAAAAGACCACUUCGUACGGAGGAACGACGUCAACAGCAGAUACUUCAGCUUCAAUCAGUGACGCCUGCGAAUCCAGCCUCGAUGAGAACUUUGUGAUGCCGGGCACUUCGGCACCAAAUGUCCCCGAAGUCAGGGAAAAGCCCAAGGAGGAGAAGAAGGAGAAAGUGUCUAAGAAGCUUAUCAAGGAAAUGGCUCUCUGCAAGACUAUCCUUGAUGAAAUGGAGCUCCAUGAGGACGCUUGGCCUUUCUUGUUGCCGGUCAACACGAAGCAAUUUCCGACGUACAAGAAAAUCAUCAAAUACCCCAUUGAUUUGUCGACAAUCAAGAAGAAAGUUCAGGACAUGGUGUACAAAUGCCGAGAUGAGUUUGUGACUGAUGUGAGGCAGAUCUUCAAUAAUUGCGAAGUCUUCAACGAGGAUGACUCGCCCGUGGGCAAAGCUGGUCACGGCAUGCGAAAAUUCUUUGAACUUCGAUGGAAGGAGCUCAUUGAUAAGAAUGUAUGAUGGCGCAAUAUUUCGCACUCUAUGUGAGUAACUUAAUGAUAUUUUUUUUAUAAUGUUUUAUUUAUAAAAUUUACUUAAAAGAAGCCUUCGACUUUUAUGAGAGCGAGAAAAUGAAAAUCGAGAUUUUUUUUUGUUUAGAUAGUAUUCUUGCUAAUUUAAUUGUGGGAAUGAUAAAAAAAAGUGAAAAUAAAUUUUUUUUUUGAUAGAGAAAUCAUCUUCCGUAUUCAAUGCAUUAUUUAUUUAAAAUUGGUUUUUUUUAACGUUCUUCUUUUUAGUAAUAGAAUCAAAAAAAAUAUAAAAUCACGUGAAGCAACGAGAAUGAUUGAGGAAUUAGUAUUGAAAGUACUUAAUUGCUUUGAAAGGGGGAGGAAAGAGAUCUUCUUGGAAUUUUUGGGUGGGUUCGUUGAAAACUUUCAAUUUCCGACUCAUUAGCGUUCAGCCUGUUUUAUCUCUGAAUAAUUCAGGCACAAAACGAAUUGUAAAUUAUUGGAUAAUUCUAGAGAAGAGAGGCAGGUAAACUAAAUGACUUGGGAAAAGUGGAUGAAGUAAAAAAGACAUGAAAAAAAAUUGUAGAGGAAAAAAAAUUGAGGGUAAAUGAAGAAUAAUUCAAUAUUCAAUUACUUUCUUUCUCUCUAAUCAAUCGAUAUUUCGGUGUAUCAAUGUUGUGUCUUGUUUGUUAUUUGGGGAGAAUUAAAAGCAACACAAAAGAAUGAGUAAGAAAAAAAAGAUGAGAAAAGAACACAUUUAGAAUAAAACAAGAAGAAAAUUUUGCAGUAUAAAAGAAAUGACAGUGAAAAAUUGCCACAAACUUACAGGAUAUUCUCAUGUAAAGUAGUUAUUAUUAAAUUAUUUUAGUGGAAGAAAAGAAAGGAGAAAGAGAGAAGGAGUAAGAAAGCUGAAAUAGUAGAAAAUUUCUUCAUUGAAUUUCCUUUGAUACAUAAAAUAAAUGUUUUAAGAGAAAAUUCACCUAAUAGGAAGAAAUAUAAAGUGAGAUUUAAAAAAGAAGAAAAAAUAAAUAAAAAAUUAGAAAUAAAGGUCUUCUUUUGAGACUUGAAUUAAUUUAAAUAAAAUAAAUAAAAGAUUGAACAGAGACAGAGUUAAUUAUGUAAUAAAGAUUGAAAAAUUUCAAAA